CAUUAGUGCGGAUAAAAAGCACCCAGUGCCCUGAAAAUUAAGCAUUCUGUCUAUGGAAAAGGCAAAAUGUUUGUACUGCAGGUCCUGGUCUUAAUUUCACUGUUGAUAAUUCCAGCUUAUUCUGACGUCGAAACUCGCGCAGGACUGGUACAGGUGUUUCACGAUGACUUCAGCGGAGGGCUGGAUCAUAGCAAAUGGACGAAUGAAAUUGCUGCCAGUGGGUUUGGGAAUGGCGAGUUCCAGAUCUACAGCCCUGAGAGCAGGAACUGCUUUGUGAAGGAUGGAAUUUUGUACUUAAAACCGACCCUGACAGUGGACAGAUUCGGAAAAGACUUUCUUGAACAUGGAAUUCUGGAUAUAGUAAAGACGUAUGGCAACUGCACGAGUAGCCACGGGUGUUACCACGACGCCAGCAAGGACGGGAUCAUCCAACCGGCCAUGUCCUGUAAACUGAAGAGCACAGGGUCAGUCCGAUACGGGAGAGUGGAGGUCUGGGCUAAGAUGCCCAAGGGGGAUUGGCUCUGGCCAGCCAUCUGGUUGGUCCCUAGAGACAAAGCGUACGGAGUCUGGCCUCGUUCUGGGGAGAUUGAUAUAGCAGAACUUAGAGGAAACCUGCAUAAUUCAGGAGGAACCCCUAAUCAAGUCACAUCCACCAUCCAUUUUGGCACGGACUGGCAACAUGGUCAUCGGCAGAUCUCACACACACACUGGAAUGGCCACUCCUAUGCCAGAGACUUCCACAAAUUUGUCAUGGACUGGACCGCUUCUCACAUCUAUAUUUCUAUUGAUGAUCGCAUGAUACUGAACGCCACUACGCCACCUGACGGAUAUUUCCACCAUUAUCUCCAAGGGAACAGCAUCUACACUCAUGGCGGGAAGGACGCUCCAUUCGACAAACAAUUUUACAUGAUUCUAAACGUGGCUGUGGGUAGUACCAAAGGCUGGUUCCAAGACAAAGCCAGAAACACACCUUAUCCCAAGCCUGGCUAAACAGUGACGGACAAACAAAAAGCCAUGGAGAAGUUCUGGGCGGCGAAGGAGCAGUGGUACCCGACGUGGAAGGAGACGAGGCGGCCAUGCAAGGUGAAGUCUGUGACAAUGUGGACCUACAAGUAAUCUCUCCCUGAAACUCGAUCUACACGAUUUAUCAGUUUGCAGAGAAAUUACGGAAACAUGCGUAUCCCGUGAUUAUACAAUAAAA